GUUUUCGGCGUUUUCGACGUUCGGCCAUUCGAGUAUUCCAUGGACGAUUGUACGAUACCAAACAAGCAUCACCUGGAUGCAAUAAGCUCGUGUCGUUGUUCAGAUCGUUAGACUUUUAUACGAGGACCUGAAGAACCUGUAGAAUCCGAGCUUAAACGUAUCCAGCUCCAAAAUGUCUGGAGAAUUCUAUUUGCGUUAUUACAUAGGACACAAAGGCAAGUUUGGACAUGAAUUUUUGGAGUUUGAAUUCCGUCCUGACGGUAAACUACGAUAUGCCAACAAUUCUAACUACAAAAAUGACACAAUGAUCCGUAAAGAAGUGUAUGUUCACCAACCAGUAAUUGAUGAGCUCAAACGUAUCGUAUCCGAUUCUGAGAUAAUGCAUGAAGACGAUGCUCUGUGGCCACCACCCGAUAGAGUUGGCAGACAAGAGUUGGAGAUUGUCAUUGAUGAUGAACAUAUAUCAUUUACCACUUCCAAAACUGGUUCAUUAUUAGAUGUAAACACAUCCAAAGAUCCAGAAGGGCUCAGAACAUUUUACUAUCUAGUUCAAGAUCUAAAAUGUUUCGUAUUUUCAUUGAUAUCAUUGCAUUUCAAGAUCAAACCAAUUUCAUAAAGAGAUCCUUUAAUAAAUAAAUUAAAGAUAAUUCAUUUAAUGUUCUAUAUCAAAAAAAAAAAAAAAUCCAAAUGUUCUUAAAAAGUAUGACCUAAUUUUCUGUUUAAUCAUAGUAUAAGUUUUCAAUGUUUUGCCAUUCUCUUUUGUUUCAACUUUAAGAACUUAAUUGAAAAAGUACUAGGGAUUUAUAUUGGUUUAAUAUUAUAUUUAUUAUUAUUUUAAAAAUACUAGUAGCUUAAGUUGACUUAAAAGUUAUUAUUUAUAAAUAUUGACUCAUUUUGAUAUAUUUUCCAUUUUAUAUUCACUACAAAUUAAAUAAAACAACAAUUUUAAUACACAAAUAAAA